UUUAAUUCCAGAAGAAAUAUGCUUAUUUAAUACAAAAUAAUAAACCAAGAGAAGUGAUUUGAUUUUGCGCCGUGCGUGACACACAACCUAUCUAUUGCGUGACAUUUAAUCAUUGUCUCGCGGAAUGGGGACGAGUGCUGCUCGAGAACAACAGACAAGUCGACAAGAAACUGUUGACGUUAAACUGAUUCCUGCAUUUGUGGAAACAAGUAUCGAGCCUGCUAUAAGAUAUCGAGAUGGCUGAAGAAGAAAAAAGAGACUUGCGCUUUGGGUGGGGUUGUUUCAGGCCAGGAUUUUUGCAGUUUCUCAAUGGUCCUAAAUGGUUCUUGUUCUUCCUCAUAAUCUUUUCAAGUAUACAAGGCAUGACAGUGAACGGUUUCACUAAGUUGAUACUUCCCGACAUUGAGCGGCGCUACCAAUUCAAAGGGACAGAUCUUGGUGUUAUUGCGGCCAGUAACGACGCAUCUGCCCUGGUUCUUGUCUGCUUUGUCAGCUUCUUUGGUGGCUAUGGCAACAAGAUUCGCUGGCUUGGAUAUGGUGCAUAUCUUACUGCAAUUGGGUGUCUCAUGUUCGCGCUUCCUCAGUUCCUGAUUGGUCCAUACUAUCCCGGGACUUUCUCUGCAAACCGUAGCUUUACGGAACAGGACUUAUGUUACCGCACGCAAAACGUUACUUCAGCAGACGAGGUGGCAUGCAUCUCAGCCUACAAGAGCGACUGGUAUUACUUGCUUGUUUUCGUGAUCGCACAGCUGCUCAUGGGCGCAGGGACGACGCCGCUGUUCAGUCUGGGGCCCGCGUACAUUGAUGAGAAUGUCCACCCCAAGUCUAUGCCAAUCUAUUUGUCCUUUUGGUACGCGGCCACUAUCCUGGGGCCUGGGCUCGGGUUUGUCGUUGGCGGGUACUUCCUAAGCAUGUUUGUUGACUUGAAACAGCCCUCAGGCGUGAACGUCGAUGCCGAUGACCCGAGAUGGAUUGGGGCCUGGUGGCUCGGUUUUGUUAUUGGCGGGAGUGUGCUCUUCGUAAGCGCCUUCGGUCUACUGGGUUUUCCAGCGGAGUUACCCGGAACGCGAGCCAUGCGCGAAGAGGCGAUGAGGAGGGGGGAUAUUCCCAAAGGAAAUAAACAAAUGAAGGGAAAUCUGAAGGAUCUUCUCCCGGCUACCAAAGAGCUCCUGCGAAACAAGACCUACUUGCUGAACACAAUUGCCACCGCUGCAGAAUUCUUUGCUGCUGGGAUCUCCUCUUUUCUCCCUAAGAUUUUGCAGGACAAAUUUGCCACGACGUCAUCUUCUACCGGAUUCAGCAUAGGUGCCGCUAUCGUGCCAGGAAUGUUCAUCGGUAUCAUGCUUGGUGGAAUCCUGGUUCGUCGAUUCAAGGUCCGCGAGUCUUGCAGAAUGGCCGCCAGGCUGCUUGUCAUUUUCUCAGUGGUCUCCAUGGUUGGCCCAACCGCUUGGUUCAUACCCGGAUGUGAUCAGAUCGAGCUUGCAGGGGUGGGGAGGCCGUACGUCAAUAGUUCAAUUUCUUUCGCUGGGCUGGACGCGACGUGCAACGCUGAUUGUGCAUGCGUCAAGUCCCAGUUCAACCCGGUCUGCGGUGCUGAUGACGUCACGUAUUUCACACCGUGUCACGCAGGCUGUCGAGGGAUUCCGGAAGACACGAAAUAUGCAAACUGUAGCUGUGUCCUCCCACAAGCAAACUGGACCCAGCAGACCUCUGUACAGGGGUUCUGUGAUCGCGGACCUGGCUGUAGUAAUUACAUUGCAUUCUUGGUCUUGAUCCUGGUUCUACUGUUGACUGUCUUUUUAAAAGCGAUUCCGAGUCGGACAGUGGUAUUGAGGUGCGUUCCCGACAAUCAGCGCGCGUACGCCCUUGGUCUUCAAUUCGUAUUCUUCAGGGCCCUAGGCUCGUUACCAAGUCCCAUAUUCUACGGGUAUUUAUUCGACACGAACUGCAUCCUAUGGGGGGAGAGCUGCGGACAGCGCGGUAAUUGUAUGGUUUACGACAUGGGUACCCUGUCUAUUUACCUUGGCGUUAUGGGACUUAUCGUUGGAGGUAUCACAUUCUUCUUCUUCUUCCUCUCCUGGUUCUUUCACAAACCCAAGGACGACCUGCAACUAGUUCCGAUGACCGACGACGAAGGAACGGAAAAAAUCGAUAUAGGCUCGGAUUCUUUGGGUCGUCCCGAGUCCCCUACUAUCAAGGCCGACGAGACAUUGUUUAAAGGAGACACUAGAUUGUAAUGAAAAAUAAGGAAAGUUCGCAGGCGAACGCAUCUCAAAACUUUUAUACGUAUACUCUUUACGAAAAAGACUUUCAACGAUCAUUUUCUAUUAAUUAUUAAGAUGUACAUGCUGUUGUGAUUCUAAUAACUUUUAUUGAAUGAAAGAAAAAUAUAUUUUUAUAAUGA